AUGAGAGAAAAACCUGUGCCUGUGCGAGUUGGCAAGGAUUUGCAGCCUUCGGAAACUUUAAUGGACGUCACGAAAGAAGAAAUAAACUUUGAAAAAGAAACUAGCGAAAACGCUAGCGAAGAUACUAUUUCGAAAGAACUACCGUCAAUGGUCUCAGUUAUAGCAUUGAACAACACAAACGAGUCUCCCUCGAAGUAUACCACCCGUUUAUACCAGACGGCCACAGAGUAUCGACCAAGUUUGGAUAUUCCAGGCGAAUUUGAGUUUUUGAACAGCGCCUCGGUUUCGGAAAGUCAAAAACAAGCAGUCAAGUUUGGCGUACGCGUUUUUCGAGGUACGUUUAUAGCCCGUUUUCUCUCAUUAUUACACGUUGUUAUGUGGUUUAAAUAUAAAUAUGAACCAGCAAAGGCUAGCAAGGGAGCUUUACAAACAUAUGAGCUCAAAAACUCCCAUUUCUUAACUCUUUAUAAGUCAUUUUUAGAAGUUUCUUUUUCGACUUUGAAAAUUUGUUUUCGCCGGUGGGAAGAGCUCAUGUGACAAAAUUUAUAUCCAUCUUACGCCUGCUUUUAAGAUCAUUAUCAGGAUUACAUGAGAACAUAAUAAUUAUUUUACCAGCCAUGUAUAUAUUGGAUAGUAACGACCGGGCAUUUAAUAUUAAUAUUGUGGGAUUAUUAUACCAAUUUUGUACAUGGCGCGAAAAUAUUUUGUAUUGCAACAUAUAUGACAUUUAUAUUUCUUAAAACGCCGAGGUUUUCUGUAAUAUCCCAAACAAUCCCAAACAUGGGCUAUUAGCUCAAAUUUGAAUCUGAAAUUCCUCUCAGAAACGUUAACAAGGUUUUCACCUUUUAUGAAAAAAAAAGUAUAAAAAAAAGAAAAAGUCCUUCCAGAAAAAAUACAUUACAUUCUGUAGAGUCACGAUCUUCCGGUACUUUCUCUAGAUUGGCUGCACAAGCAGGGAGUGCAAUUCCAGUCCUUAGAAGACAUGUCGCGUUCAGAAAUCGCGAGUUCUCUGGAACAAUUUUACCUGUCCGCCAGACGACCCAACGGAACGCAAUACAAGAAGAAUACAUUGAAAUCAAUCAAACAUUCGCUGGAUCAUUAUCUACGAGCUUCUCCUCUCAAGAAAGAUUUCUCCAUAUCCACAGACUACGAUUUUCGUCAGGUACAGGGUUGUGGACUAGUUCAACGUUUUAAGCCCUGGGCAAACUAGGAAACAUUGUUGUGGAAACAUUUGUGAUUCUCGAUGUUUCCUCAAAUGUUUCCCUGUUUGCCCACCCGUGGGAACAUUGUUGCGGAAACAAAAUUUGCUUCCCGAGAAGCAAAAUGUUUCCCAGCGAAUUCAGAAACAUUUGAUGUUUCCCUAUGUUUCUCACUAAUGUUUCCUAGUAUUUGCCCACUCAUGGAAACAUGGCGAAACAUUGGUAGGAAACAAUGUUUCCGCAACAAUGUUUCCUAGUUUGCCCAAGGCUUUAAGGCGGAUUUCCACUCCUCGCACGAAGCUCCUCGCAGGUCGCUGCGAGUGAUGCACGAGCACUUUCAUCCAAUCACAAUGCUAAACAGUUAAUUUUUAUUAGAUGCAAGCACUCGCAGCGAGUUGCAAGGAGCUUCGUGCGAGGACUGAAAAUCCGCCUUUAGGGUCAGUAUUGCUAGUGUUAUGAUAGGUCGUUCAAGCCGCGUCCAGACGAACACGUUAUCGGUCAUAUAAAUGGCUUGUGAAACGUUUCGAUGAGAAAAUUAAACUUAAAGUUUAUGUGAAACAGCAUGAUUUUGUAUCAGAUAUACAAACUCCUUCACGCUCAUGAUUUCUUUUGUGUUUUCUUCACGAAUUAAUUAUUAACGAGUUUCACAAUUGCAUAAUGAAACUACAUCCCUCAUUUUUUAAAUACAAGAGAAUUAACAUUAUUUUCUCACUCUGCCAACAUCUGCUGCACGACAGUGCUUAUAUCGUGAAACCAUAGUGACCAUAGUCUUUCGAGACAUGGUCUGGAAACACAGUAAACUUCAAAGCGGUUAUAAUGAGCUGUGUGUUUAGGUUGAGCCGUACCUUACACCGUGCACAUUCUUUGUUUUAGGUUUAUUAGCAUUUAAAUAGCAUGGUUGAAUGACUGAACUGAAACGUUGCUAUUGGAUGAUUCGUUCAUUAUACUGAAAUGUAAUGUGUUCACUGACCGUGCACCGUGCACAAAACUGCACAAACUCGAACAAAAUUAAGAUAGAGCAAAGACUUAGCGGAGUUUCCAAACCAUGUUUUGAAAGACUAUGGUGAAACCCAUCCAGGCCAUCCUUAUAACAUCUUUCUUUGCAGGUGAACAAAACUCUGGACAACCUUCCCGAAGACGCCGACCAGAACCGCUUCCCACAAUUCACAAAAGAAAUCAUUCUCAAACUAUACCAGAGCGGUCAACUGGGCCUGACUACAACGGAGGAUGCCAGUAUAGUUAUACAAACGGUCUGGUUCUACGUCGUCGCCUUCUUCUUCACAAAUAUCGACAAGCGUAUGCUGCGGGAGAUCAAGGAAUCGAACCUAAUUUUGGCAAAAGAUGAAGACGGGCGCGAAUAUUAUUGGCUAGACUUCAAGCCACCUCAACGUGUCCGAGGCGAGGUGGAUAAGUCGCGAAUCUACGCGCGACCCGACUCCCUGUGCUGCCCUGUCGCCAUCAUCAAGAAGUACAUGGAACAUCGCAAUCCUCGCAACGAUGUUCUCUUUCAGCAUCCUAAAAAGAUCAGCCAGUAUGUGUGGUAUUCUCCUCUACCUUUGGGAAAGAAUAAACACACGGAUCUCAUGAAAUCAAUGUGUCUGAAUGCCGGAGUGGAUCCUCCAUUGACGGGACGAUGUAUAAGAAGUUACGUCCAACAGUUGUUGCAGGAUUGCGACCAGGCCGUCAACGAGAUGUUCCGACUCGAAGCACCAUCAACAUCAAUUACCAUGCAUGGUGUACUCGUACCAAAGUUUCCCGGGGAUACAGAUCCAUCACUGAUACCACCUUUCAUACUUAGCGUUCCUCGGUUACCACCACCCAUCCUAAGCACCACCGUCUCAUCCGCAAGCACCAUUCAGAGUAACCAUGUCUCCAUACAGCCUCGUACCACCACCAUGACAAGUAACCAUAUUACCAACCACGUUGCCACCAUGCUUGCAAACCAAAAUACCAAUAUCACCAAUAACCACACCACUACUCAAAAUAAUCAUGUUACCACCACACACUAUGGGAGACAUUUGACUAUACAGGGUAACCAUGUCAUAAGCAACCCUCCUGGUGUUACCACAGUUAGCGCUUUCCCAAACAGCUUUGUACUACCAUAUCCAACCAGUUUCUCCACCGUCAACGAUUUUGCAAAGCCAAAGGAAUCGUACAAUGGUAGCCAGAGAAGCACAACAUACUACAGUACGAAAGGAGCAACCUAUGCAUUAAGUAACCAUCAUUUUGACGCCACCUAUAAUGGUAGCCAGACCAGCUCAACACACCAUGGUAUAAAACCACCAUCAGAUGUUACAAGUAAUGGUACCAGUAUGGCCACCAAUCUUCAGUCCACUGUGGAAAAAUCUACCAUAUCUGUAGUACCAUUGCAACAGACAUCCCAAAGCACCCAACAAAGCUUUAACAGCGAAUGUCCAAGUCUUACAACUGAAAUCUCAACUCAAACAGAACCAGCUAACAAACAAUGGUUAGAGUCUGCCUACCACAAAGCGGACUUAAAAACCAGAAACAAAAUGAGACUACAAGCACGAAAGUCGUUGUUGUGUUUCCUAGAAGAGCUCAACGAAAUUUCAGAUGGUCAUGGCACCGAGUUAUUCUACGAAAUUGUCCAAGAAGAUACGAAUAUGUGGAGGUCGAUUGCCAAACCUACUUCUUCAAAAUAA